UUUCUCUUUCGCUGCUCGGGAAGCCCACCUCCGGCUUCUCGGCUCCGUGGUCAGAACCCAGACGCACAAGUACACACGCAAGGAGCCAGGGCUGACCGCGUCGUCUGCUCUGCUGCUUCUUUCUUUCCUUCUCCCCCGCUGUCCUCUCCUCUCUGGUUCCUUGCACGGCUCUCUCUUCUUGGAGCUGGGCCAGAGCCAGAGGGGCACGAUGAUGAAGGCCGGAGGAGAUCGGCCGAAGCUCGUCCGGGGCCUCCGGCAGGAGUCGCGGCGGUUCCGGCUGCUCGUCAUCGUCGUCGGCUUCUUCCUCGUCUCCCUCACCUUCGUCGUCGUCUCCAAGCCCGACGCCAUGCUCUUCGGCCUGAACGGCAAGCUGCCGGCGGACCAGACGCCGACGUCCAUCCUGAUCCAGCAGAAGGUGAACGCGCCCCCCGUUUCCUCCCGGAAAACCUCCACAAACACUUUCGGUGUAGACCCCAAAGUUGUGGACGACGAAGCAUAUGUGAAACAGAAAGGGUUGAGAGCCGGCGAGGAGGAGGACAGCAGGGUGCUGAGCGAGCCGGACCCGGCUAGCGGAAUGAUGGAGCCCAAGCCGAUCCCCAACAAGGACGGGAAAAAAGGCGAUAAAUCCGACGAGGAGGUGUUAGGUGGGGAGAGGAAAGGGGAGGGGGAGCAUGGGCACGCGGAGGAGAAGCACAGGGUCACCCUUCCAACAGUUUCCAAUUACACCAUUCAUGACGCCGAGGACAACGAGAAUGCUAAGCAAGAAGGUACGACUAAUUCCCAGCAGGGGAGCAAGCCCUUGUGCGAUUUCUCAAAUUUCCGAGCAAACGUGUGCGAGAUGCGUGGCGAUGUUAGAGUUCACCCGAGGGCCACUUCCAUCCUCUUCAUGGAGCCUGACGGUUCACAGAGAGAUGAGGUGUGGAAGAUUAAGCCUUACCCUCGGAAAGGGGACGAGUUCUGCCUCAGCCAUAUCACUGAGUUGACAGUGAAAUCAAGCAAAGUGGCAGCUGAAUGCACCAAAUACCACGACGUGCCUGCCGUGAUCUUCUCACUGACCGGCUACACAGGGAACCUGUUCCAUGACUUCACUGACGUGCUCGUCCCUCUUUUCACGACGGCGAGCGAGUUCAACGGCGAAGUUCAGUUCCUUAUAACAGACAUGGCACUCUGGUGGACGAUCAAGUACCAGACGGUGCUCCAGAAGCUAUCCAAGUACCCUUUGAUUGAUUUCAGCAAGGACGACCAAGUGCACUGCUUCAAACACGCCAUUGUCGGCACCCAUGCCUACAUGGAGUUCACAAUCGACUCGUCGAAGGCGCCACACGGUCUCACAAUGGUUGAUUUCAACAGAUUCAUGCGUGGAGCCUACUCGCUGGGCAAGGACACAGCGGUGGUGCUUGGAGAGACCCCCAAGGUCAAGCCAAGGUUGCUCAUCAUCAAGAGGCACCGUACAAGAAUGUUCCUCAACCUCGAAGAGAUCAUCACCAUGGCCGAGGAGCUCGGCUUUGAGGUGGUGAUCGACGAGGCGAAUGUGAGCUCCGACAUCUCUGGGUUCGCAAAGCUUGUUAACUCUGUUGACGUGAUGAUGGGCGUCCACGGUGCUGGGCUCACCAACUGCGUGUUCUUGCCACACAAUGCCACGCUCAUUCAGAUAGUGCCAUGGGGUGGCCUGGACUGGAUAUCGCGCACCGAUUUCGGUAACCCGGCAGAGAUGAUGGGUCUGCGGUACAAGCAGUAUGCUAUCAGCGUCGACGAGAGCAGCCUCACGGAUCAAUACCCGAAGGAUCAUGAGAUCUUCAAGAACCCUAUCUCGUUUCACAAGCGUGGGUUUGAGUUCAUCAGACGUACCUUCAUGGAUAAGCAAAAUGUGAAGCUGGACUGCAAGAGGUUCAGACCUAUUCUCUUGGAGGCACUGGACAAUCUCAACCCGUAAAUGGAUGGACAUUGGUGUUAGAGGUCCCUGUACAACUUACCAAUUUUUACCAUUCGUUUUAUUUUGUGUAGUAAAAUUGGUUGUUUGUCUAUGAGAGGGCUUGUAUUGUCUCAACUAUAGAAAAAUAUAUAGAAAUUAUUUAUGUAUACUGUAUAAAUUGCCGUCGCUUCAAGAUGGAACAAAAUUCAUUCAAAGGAUAAAGGUGCCUCAGAUUCUCUC